CUGAGAGGGACGUCUCGCUUUAACUGGUUUUAAGAGGUUUAACAGAUCUGGAACGCAAUGAGUUAGAUUCUCAGUCUCAAAACCCCGGCAGCCAAUCGCCAUCAGCAUAUUUUCGACGUAAAUCCAAAUAAUCACAUACCCAAGAAUAUUUAGAAAUUUAAAAAACAAAUAGUGUGUACUAUUUUAAAAGCUAUUUUUUUGUAUUUACAGCCGACAUACAGCCAAGAAGGAUAAAGGCAUCGUUAUGGACAACUGACACAAUGGGUGACUUGGAUGCAAUUCUCCCGUUCUGCACGAACGAUUUUUCCAGCAAACCGCGAACAGAGAAUUUAAACGUCCCCCGACAACUCCCCCGGGAACCUCAACCACUCGCUACACAUUCCAUGUCCCAACAACCAAUGCAUAACUGUGGCCCAAGUGCAUUGCGCAGAAUCACCCCAGCCCAAGAAGGGCUACAGGGCUGAAAAUGUACGGAUUCAAGAACUGGCGCUCUAUGGAUACGACUCCAACGAGACCGGCCCUGCAGAAUCGGGAACGCUUGAUGAAAAAAGUCUAGAGCCCUCGGUAUCCACGAUUCGUCAGAACAGCCAGCGCCAAAAAAGCCAAGACUCCUCCCCGGUGAAAAAGGGCACAGAAGGCCACAUACAUCUAGAGCUGGGGGAUUCCGGCUCACCGAACAUUCCCAAUGAAACAACCAAAGCGGAGGAUAUCCCUGUUUUUAAUGACAUUUCAGAGGUUGACGACCAGUUAUUCUGUGAUGUGGCCAACCUUCUUGACCCAGGACAAUUCUAUGGCGGUAACAUCCGGAUCUGAAAUAGAACACGCAAGGUUUUUCACAGUCUUUUCCAGUGCUUUGAAAUCGAGGAACGUUUUGCCAUACAAACGACUGGGGUUUUUACUUGAGAGACAGUACAGAGACGAUAUGUUAUUCUGGCAUAGAACAAUUCCACGCAUGUUAAACAGCAAACCGAUUAAAAAACACAAAUACAGGCGCUAAAAUCAUAUAUGUAACACGGAUCAUUCCAGAAAUACCCCAAAACGCACAUCCUUAAUUAUCCAAAUGGCAGAACCACAGGAACAAGUUGAGACAGUUGAAAGCCUCUUAUCACAGAUACCGCCAGAACUCCUAGAAAUGAUUAAUCGUAUGAACGAGGCGGGGGUAACAGACAUAAUACCAAUAGAUGAAAGCAUAUUAUCACAGAUUCCAGCCAAACUCCUAGAAAUGAUUAAUCGUAUGAACGAGUCAGGGACUCGAGUCAGGGGAUUCCCGAAGCCCUCAUAUCCCUAAUUAAUCAGAUGAACGAGAGCCAGACAUCUUCGGCACCCCCCACACCAUCAUCGACAUCUCAACCGUUAACGCCCAUGUCCGUAGAGUCUGAAACGCAACACAAUGUUUUUGGGGAAUUGGAAAAUUGUCUAAUAAAUCUGGAGGGAGAUGGUAUUGAUAGAAGUGUCCGGGUUGUGUACCGAAAUAAAUUCAACAAUACAGAGAUUCUACAGUUUUUCAAUUUCAUAUGGGUGAAUCAGAAUCUUGACUAUGCUGUGUUUUACGUAAUGAUAUUGGACACUCUGAACGAUCUGUUAGACAGGGCAAGAGAUUAUGGUGAACCACGUGAUGUCUUACAGUUGGAAAUUUGUGGAGAUAGCCUGCAUAAGACGGUAUCUCUUAUUUUACCCAAUGCCGAAGCAGAUCUUGAACAAUUUAUCGCACUGCUAGACCGCCUUGUUCAGUCAAAUUUAACCGUCAUAGCAGAUCGGACCCUCGAGCUUGUAGUGCAAAUAAUGCGUCAACCCCAGGGUGGUGGUGGUCAGAGAAGGAAGCUUGAGAGCCUAAUGCAGUCAGAAAUCAUAAGCAAUAAAAGGGCCUACCUCAUAAACGUUCACAAUCCAGGUAAUAAGCUAUGCUUUGCAAUAGGCCUAGCACAUUUACUUAACCCUGGAUGUACUGAUCUGACGGCAUUGCCAAAGGCUAGAGAGCUCCAAACGGCCGUGGGUCUCGGUAUACAGGAUGCUGUGGCUUUCUCUGACAUAGUCAAAUUUGAAAACUUUCUGAAUAUCAAGAUUGUGGUUUUGUACCACAGUAGAGCUAAUGCAGCUCUCUUGAAGUUCCAAAACAACCCCCAACCACAUCCUCAGAUUCUGUACUUUUAUGUGCAAAACGAACAUUACUACGUCGUUACCAACAUCACGGCGUUCAUAGGGCACCAUAUGUGUGUCCAUCCUGCCAUACCGGCUACACCGGAAAGGGGGGGGCACUCGUGCCAUUAUAACUGUUCAGUAUGUCAGGAUGCAGAUUGCCCAAUGCAACCCUUAAACUUGACACCCUGUGAGGAUUGCCACCGCACAUGUCGUUCGACCUACUGUUACGAAAAACACAAAAUUGAAACAUGGCACCCUAAGGCAUGUAAAUCUGUAAACAGUUGUGACAUUAACAAGAAAUGCCCAAAAUGUCAUUGCAAUUACAACCUUAAAAUAGAUAGCCCUAAACCGCAUGUGUGUGGAAUCAUACAUUGUCCAAUCUGUCCAAUCCAAGCGUGAGAGAUUCAUGACGUGGUACGAGACAGUAAGACAUGGCACCUUUGAUUUCCAUAAAGAGAUGGAAUCAUACUGUGACAGUGAUGUGGUUAUACUUCGUGAAUGAUGCCUCAGAUUCAGAGAAGAGGUAAUCAAAGAUGCAGGCAUUGACCCCUGGAGUUGUACAACUAUUGCAUCGGCAUGCAUGAAAACCUAUCGUACACACUUUCUGCCUACAUCACCUUUAGCAAUCCCCUCGCCUGACAACUAACGCCAAUUCAAGUCAUACUCUAGUGGGUCCAUUCAAUGGUUGGAGUAUAUGGCCCAGGAUAAAGACAUUUUUAUUCAACAUGCUUUGAAUCGAGGGGAGAAGGAGUUUGGCUCUUACCAUGUAGAUGGAUACACCCAGAUUGACGGGUUGAGACCGUGUAUGAGUACAAAGGUUGUUUCUUCCACGGUUGUAAAUCUUGCUUUGUGCCCCAGGCCAUGUGUAUCCUAACCCAAAAUACUUUUGGGGAAAUGUACCAAGAGUUUCAAGACAAAUUGGAUUCUUUACAGGCUACUUACGGGCUAAAAGUGGAGGUUUUGUGGGAGUACGAAUGGGCCGCCCUCAAAAAGUCUGAUCCUCAUGUUCAAGCCUUCCUUUCCAGCUAUGACACACCAGAACCACGGCAGGCCUUGUAUGUAGGCCGCACCAAUGCUUUGACCUUGCGGUAUGUAGCGCAACCCGACAAGACAAUAGGAUAUGUAGAUUUUACAUCCCUUUAUCCUCAUGUAAUGAGUUCCUCAUGCUAUCCUAUGGGGCAUCCGGAAAUUAUUCAUUGCGAUUUUGACUUACCUCAAAACUAUUUUGGUCUGAUCAAAGCAACUGUCUACCCUCCUAGGGGUUUGUUUAUACCAGUGUUGCCUUACAGGGACCCUCAAGGAACACUUUUCUUUCCCCUUUGUCGCACCUGCAGUGAAAACAACCAGCAAACCCCAUGUGAUCACUCAGAUCAAGGAAGAGCCCUGACAGGGGUUUGGGUCACAGGUGAAUUCUCUAAGGCUUUAGAGAUGGGGUAUCGUGUGGCCAAAAUCUUUGAAGUGUGGAACUUUUCCAAGAAAUCAGACACUCUUUUUAAAGAGUACAUCAAGACCUUCUUGAGAUGCAAGCAAAUGGCUUCAGGCUAUCCUGCAUCGGUCACAGAUCAAGAGAGCAAAGACAGGUACAUUCAAGACUAUCACGACAGAGAAGGCAUACUUCUUGACCCUGACAGAAUAGAGGUCAACAAAACCAAACAAAAUGUGUCGAAAUUGUACUUAAAUUUGCUUUGGGGCAAAUUAUCGCAGAGAUGUAAUAUGCUAACAACGUCGAUUAUUAAAGACCCCGAAGAAUUUUUGGAAUUUGUUUUUUCGGACCAAUACGAAAUUUCACAUUAUUCAUUCUUGAGUCAAGACAUUGCCCUGGUGCAAUGGCGACGUAACAAGAAGUGGGUUCUACCCCCGGGUAAUGUAAAUGUUAUUCUUGCAGCAUUUACCACGGCCUAUGGCCGACUUGAACUGUACACGCUCAUGGAGCAGCUUCAGAGGAGGGUUCUUUACCACGACACAGACUCUGUGGUCUAUGUAAGCAAACAGGGGGAUUGGAGCCCCCCACUCAGCAACUAUCUGGGUGGCUUAACGAGUGAACUCGAAGAGGGUCACUAUAUCACAGAAUGGUCCUCCUGUGGUCCCAAAAGCUAUGCCUUUAGGACUAAAAAUAAUCACGUGUGUUGAGAGCCAAAGGCGUGACUCAAAACUAUGAAAAUGCCCCGCAUGUAAACUUGCAAUCAAUCACACGCUUGGUCGAGGGGUUCCUAAAUGACAGGAAUAGUGACUUGGAGAUUUUGAGCUCCUACAAAAAGAUUGUUACCUAUAAAAAAAGGCUUCCAUCUGAGGAAUGCCCCACUUACUAAAAGAUUCAGGGUAGUCUAUGACAAGAGACUGCUUUUGCCUGACGGGACCUCAUUGCCCUUUGGCUACUGACUUGCGCUACAAGCCGCAGUGUCUUAAAGCUUAAGAUAUAAUGACUGCUGUAGAAGGUUUUGACCCCCGGUUGCAACUACCAUUUUCGGCCUUAAUCGCAGGGCCGUCUAAUAGUGGUAAAACUUGUUUUGUAAAAAGUACUUUAGAGAAUUCUGAACAUGUGUUAUCUCAAAAGCCUGAUAAUGUUGUGUGGUGUUGUUCUUGUUAUCAACCUCUGUAUGAUGAAUUGUUGAAGACAAUAAAAAUCAAGUUUGUUGAAGGAA